CUCUGUUAAUGUAUCAAUAGAAUGGAAAUAUUAGAUCAACAGUAUAGAUUUUGUUUUUUAUCGUCAUGAUGUUUUAUCACGUAUUAGUUACAGUUUUAAUUAUUGACUUCGUAGCUAGUGGAUUUGUAACUCCACGUAUAGUGGGUGGUCAUGAUGCUGCAGAUGGUGAAUAUUCUUAUCAAGUAUCAAUUAGAUUAAAUAAUUAUCAUAUAUGUGGUGGAUCUAUUAUUGAUUAUUAUACAAUCCUUACUGCUGCGCAUUGUAUUUAUCAAAAAAAUGCAUCAGAAAUAACAAUUGUUGUUGGAACCAAUUAUUUAUCUUCUGGUACUAUUUAUGUCGUUAAGGAAAUGAUUUGGCACGAAAAUUAUAAUGAAAUCAUGAUCAUAAAUGAUAUCGGUUUAAUACGUGUAAAAAAUUAUAUAAAAUAUAAUAAAAAAGUUCAGCCGAUUUCACUUGCAUCGAAUUAUACACCUGAAAAUACAACUGCUGUGAUAACUGGUUGGGGACAAUUAAAUAAAAUAAAAUCUAUAAUUCCUUAUGAAUUGCAAGUAUUAAAUGUGACUAUAAUAUCGCGAGAAAAAUGCGAGUAUGUAUAUAAUAGAUCAAUGAAAAAUAAUAUAUGCACUUUAAAUAAGGAAAUUGAAGGAGUUUGUAUGGGCGAUUCUGGCAGUCCUUUAGUUGUAAAUGGCAAAGAAGUGGGAAUCGUUUCUUUCGGUAUACCAUGCGCAAUGGGUUUUCCUGAUGUGUAUACUAGUGUAUUUUCUUAUGAAAGCUGGAUAAAAGAGAAGAUAAAAAAUUGGAAUGUAGCAUUUCAAAUAAAUCCAAAUAUAUGGAUUGUCUUAUUAAUGUUUAUAAUAUCAAUGAUGAUAUCCCGUUAUUCAUAUGAAAGUUAUAAUUAAAAAUACGAUUAGUAUUAAGUUUAAAUCAGAAUAAAUAUUGGCUAUUAUAUAAUUGAAAAACAAAAAUGAAAAGAUAAAUAAAUUUUUUAAUAACUUAGUUUAUACAAUG